UUGGCAACCAGAUGGAUCCACUGCAGACGGCUGAUUCGGCACGUGCACCGGGGAUGCCCAUUCUGCCACAAGUACUAGCGAAUUAAUCCCAUCUCAAAUUUAGGUUCAAGUGGACUGUUAGGAUACACGUCCUCUCAGACGCUCAAGUGUAUAAUUAUUUCAGAUAUCUUUGAUCGUUUCUUGCGUUAGUAAUGUUUGAUCUCGGAGCGAGCUAUUCGUUUUUCAAUGCAUUCACUGUGAGCUGCAGCUGCCAGUAUUUUCCCUCAGGGGGCGACACUAUGCUAUGAAAUUCUGUUAGCGUACCGGCAAACGUAUGUGUUCGGCGUCACGACUGUCACGUUGGUCUUGUGUUAAAUACGGGAUCUAGGACGCACUUCGAGGGAUUAUACCGGCGCAGACCGAGAGCAGCCAGUGUUAAAAGGAGAAAUAGCCUAAAUGGGAGAGAGCCCUCCACCUUUCUCACGGAAGGUAUUUCUGGAAGUAGAUUCGGAUAAAAACACUUUCCAUCGGCAGAUCGACCUCAUCUAUGAAAAGCAACUGACUGUGUGUCUUUGGCUUGUCGCCUGAUCGCAAUAAGACAACCAUCCGUCCGGUUCGGCUACUACUUGAAGUUGAAGGCAACUUUGGUUCUGUGGACUUAAUUAAACGGCUCUUUCAUUUUAUUUUAUACCUCAACAAGGAAUGCCAAGGGAGCUUAGACAGAGCAGGAUCCAAAAAAUCUGGAUUCCGUCUAAGGAUGACAAACCAGCGGUGGCACGGAGAUCCGGGGGUGUGCUCCACCUCGCCAACCCCCCCACUGUGAUUGUGAUGGUGGGCCUGCCCGCCCGAGGGAAGACCUACAUGUCGAAGAAACUGACCCGCUACCUCAACUGGACCGGACUUCCCACCAAAGUCUUCAACGUAGGGGAGUACCGGCGAGAGGCAGUCAAGCACUACAGCUUCGACUUCUUCAAACCGGACAACCGGGACGCCGUGAGGAUCCGACAGGAAUGUGCCUUGGCGGCGCUGAGAGACGUCAAGUCUUAUUUGACAGAGGAGGGCGGGCAGAUCGCCGUCUUCGAUGCCACCAACACCACAAGGGAGCGAAGAGACAUGAUCCUGAAUUUCGGCAAUGAGAAUGGAUUCACGAUCUUUUUCAUUGAGUCUGUGUGCAACGAUCCGGAAGUCAUCGCCACGAACAUAAUGGAAGUGAAGGUGUCCUGCCCGGACUACCAGGACUGCAACAAAGCGGAAGCCAUGGAGGACUUUCAGAAGCGGAUCACAUGUUAUCAGGUUUCAUACGAGCCUCUGGACCCCGAUCAGUAUGACAGGAACAUGUCCUUCAUCAAGGUGAUCGAUGUGGGCCGGAGGUUCCUGGUGAACCGGAUCCAGGACCACAUCCAGAGCAAGAUCGUGUACUACCUGAUGAACAUCCACGUGCAGCCGCGCACCAUCUACCUGUGUCGCCAUGGCGAGAGCGAAUACAACCUGCGUGGAAAGCUGGGCGGCGACUCGGGCCUGUCCUCCCAGGGCAGACAGUUCGCCUGGGCUCUCUCCGCGUUCAUGGAGGAGCAGAACCUGAAGGACCUGAGAGUCUGGACCAGCCAGCUGCGCCGGAGCAUCCAGACGGCCGAGGCCCUGCGGGUGCCCUACGAGCAGUGGAAGGCGCUCAACGAGAUCGAUGCCGGCGUGUGUGAGGAGAUGACGUACGACGAGGUCAAGGAGAGGUACCCGGACGAGUUCGCCCUGAGGGACCAGGACAAGUUCCACUACCGCUACCCCACAGGCGAGUCAUACCAGGACCUGGUCCAGCGGGUUGAGCCGGUGAUCAUGGAGCUGGAGAGGCAGGAGAAUGUUCUGGUCAUCUGUCACCAGGCCGUCAUGCGCUGCCUGCUGGCCUACUUCCUGGACAAGAGUGCAGAUGAGAUGCCCUACCUGAAGUGCCCGCUUCACACUGUGCUGAAGCUCACUCCAGUUGCUUACGGGUGCAAAGUGGAGUCGGUCUCAUUGAACAUCGACGCGGUGAACACACACAGGGACAGACCUGAGCAGAUGCUGAGAGGCCCUGGGGGGCUGAUCAGGAGGAACAGCAUCACGCCCCUGUCUACCCAUGAGCCCAUCAAGAAGCCCCGCAUCGAUGGCCUGGACGACCGUCCCAUCCCAGGGGCUCCCCCCGCCCCCCCGUCCCACUGCGGCACCUCACCCCUCCCUUUGGCCCUGUCCAGACAGAUCUGGUUGCGCAAAGCUUGCCUAACCUGAAGAGGGGUCCCCCUGACCUCCCAGAGCUUCUGCCGGUCUGCAAACGAGUCAAAGCCAAUGCGUCACCUGACCUUCAGCCCAGGAAGUGAUGUCACAAAGGGGACGUUGAUUAUUAUUUUAAUUUUAAUUUUUUUAAAAUUUAAUUAAUUUAUUUUUUUCCCCCUAUUUGACUGGCUUGGAUUUCUGUAAAAUAAGGAUGUUGGUGCGGACAGAGAGCAGUGCUGUGGUCGGUGCAGAAUAAUCUUUGUUUUUCACAAUGGUGCAAACACGUCCACUGUUAUCUGUAAGUGCUUAUAGUACAGACCUUCUUCUACUGUAAAUACCAGGCGAAAUUUGCUUCUGUUUUAAGUGACGUUGCCGGAAGGAGUGCUUGUCUCAAAAGAAGCAAAUGAGUCAUAAAAGAAACUUCAAAUAUUUUGUUCCCUUUUUUAAGAAACGAUGUUGUAUCUCUACUGAAUAAAAAAAGCACUGCAGCCUAAAAGGAAAUGAGCAAAGCUGAGCUCUCAGCCCAACAUACUGUAAGGGCAGCAUUUUGUUUUUGUUGCAUUAAGAGGCUCUGUGCCGAUGUUGACUCACCAUCAAUGCGUUUUCCGCGAGAUUAUCUGCAAGGUGCUAUGACAAACUGUAGGUACCCUCCUGGCGUGACAUCACACCAUGGAAUGUUUUAUUGUGUCCAAACCAGCGUGUUCCAGAAGACCAGGUUCCUGUAAUGGAAUCAUAAGCAAUUAAAACAGCAGCCCUGGUUCACCAAAGUUCAGAACUGCUCCUUGAUUCGUGGGAACCUAAGAAACCUGAGGCUAAAACAGCUGUCCCCAAAUGUAAAAAAAGUAAUAUUUGAAAUUGAAACAUUGCAAUGAAGUAAUCAAAAGGGCGACUUUCCAGGCUUGAGGGGUGGGAAUUUGUCUUUGGCUGACCUCAUUAUAAGAACGCCGGUGUUGUAAGAGUAGUUUUGCUAUUAGUGCUUCGCUAUCGGCCUUCCGUUGAAGUCAUAUGAUGGUGUCAGAAAGUUCGGCAAAGAUUUACAGUAUUUGUCUUUGAUGUUCGCAUUUCAAAAAACAUAUUAUAUAUAUAUAUUUACAUAUGUAUAUAUGUAUUUGGCAGAAUAUUUCAGCCAGAAAUGGCCAACCAAGGUCUAUUUAUAGUACCAUAUGGCAAGUUUUUUUUUUUAAUUUUAUUUUAGAAGUCUUAUGCUUAAAUGUUCUGUGUUAAUAUAACUGCAAAUCCAAAGUUGGGGAAAAAAAAAAAAAACAGGCAGGUUUAUUUAUACAGAGUAAAAUGUCCAGCGUUAAUUCAACUAUCAGAGAUAACAUUUGGUCUUGCAUUCCAGUUGAAGUAACACCAGACAUUGUUUUGUUUUUUGCAUGUGCGCUCUUGUUUCUGUGAUAUUGCUGAAGAGCUGGCAGUACUGGGACUUGAACAUGUGUGUUUUCUGAUUUGUGUCCUCCCAGAAGGGCAGCGGUGUUGAUGUCUUGUGAUUGUCACGUACAGUAGUACGGUCCUGUUUCAUUAUGUGUUUAGGAGCAAUGACAAUUACCCACAGUGCCUUGUGCUUCCUUUGAACAUUUAUUGUCGCUUCAGCAAAAGAAAAAUCCAUAAUUACUGAGACCGCUCUUGAAGCCCAUAUCUCUCUCAUACACUAACAAUCAGCUCUGGCACCCUCCCUUAUUGAUUUUAAUAUUUAUAUGUUUCAUUUUUAUCAUGUAUAACGCUGUUUUGUAUAUAUACUUUUUUUUUUUGUUUUGUUUUUUUCUUUUUUCUUGAUGAACUGAUGUCAUCUCAUUAGUAUUGUGGAAAGCUGACUGAACCAAGAGAGGUGUUGACGUUUGCAUUCACUUUAGUGUUGCGUAAUGAUUGGUUCCUGGUAUUUGCAGCAGUCCUUGCUGAAGUGGCUGUUUUUUUUUUUUUAACUCAACAGGAAACAUAUACAUAAUAUAUGUGUAUAUAAGGAUGUACAUGUGCAGAAAAUAUGUUGAGAAUAUAUUCUAGAAAGAUAUUACACGACAGUAGAGGGGAUAUAACGACGUAUUGGUAUUCAAUUUUGAUUGAAGAAAGGAAUUGGCAGGGAUAUAGGCUACAUGGGUUUAAAGAUCAUGUCUGUCUUCACUAAUGGUAGUAAACACAAGGAAGGAAUGUACGAGGAAUGUUUUUUUUUAUUUGUGAUGAUACUUGAAUUAUUUUUUCUCAUGUGGAAAGUGUUGGUUGAAAUAUUUAUUUUGCGUGUUAAUGUCGAAAAACAUGCAUCGCUGGCAUGCUUCAUCUUGUGUGGAACGUGUACACAUUUGUUUGUGGAUGUGAAGUGGAUGAAAGAGUGAAUGCAAGAGAGAUCUGGGUUAUGGAUUUUAAAAGUUUGUAUGUUUUGCAUUUGCGGGGCCAAUAAA